CAUUUCUAUAUUACUCUUUGACGUAGGCUUUGAUUAAUAACUUAACGUGAAUAGUGAAAGAAGUUGUAUCUUGACAUAUAUCUCUUAAGUUUUCCUGACCGAUCGUGACGGCAUCAUAUAUAUAUAUAACAGUUGUUGAUCUACAUGCCUAUAGAUACAUAUGUGUUCCAACUAUGUUAUUGGCCUAUACUGGCCUGUAUUUUCAUCUGAAAGAAAUCGAUUCACCAUAAGAUUGUCAGCUGUUAUUUAUUGACAAUAUGAAUGCCAUCUAGAUGAGAGAUGAAAGAAUGUAAGAUUUUAUACCAAAAAUAUUUCAAUUUUUAUUUUUUAAUUUCGUAAAUUAAAGUGACCAUUGCACUGUAUUUAUCAUAACGAAUAAACAUAAAUUGUAUUAUCAAAAUAUUACUAAUGAAUAGAAAGAAGUCAACAAUUUAAUGUCAGCCAGAUUGACUUUGACAGAUUUAUAUAACUUCAAUUUAGUAUUUACACACUUCAGCGUUAUGCAAUCGCCAUAUCAUGAUAAACUGACACAUUGUUAACGAAUUGGCACCAUUUAUCAUAUAUGUAUGUAACAAUUGAGCCUUCGAAUUGAAUUUUCAUUUCAAUGUAUGAUAUUUAGAUUGUAAAGAAAAGUUGAUGUCAGAUAUAUGGUAGUAAGUCAACAAAAUGUAUUUCCUAUCAUUUCCCUCCAUUGAUUUGUAUUACUUGCUGUCCGCAGUGCAUUGUAUAGACCAUUGUUGGCUAUGUGAUAAUGCACCUGAUCUCACUACCUGUCGGAACACAACAACAACAUGCAAUGUUGGUGAGCAAUGUUUCCUAGAAAAAUUCGUGAACACCCUAGCAGAAACUCGGUACAAUGCCGGAUGUCGCUCCCAAUACUUUUGCAGAGCCAUGGAAGCGCUGUCACACCGGAAAAGACGUUUAGAUCCAUGUUCACAAUGCUGUACAGGACCAAGAUGUCAGGAACAGCUAUGUGGAUCAACAUUAAGUACGGAAUCAAGAUAUCGGUGCCUACACUGUGCCAGUGUUUCUAGCACAAGUUCCUGUACAGAACGUGUUACGUGUCAGGACACGGAGGUUUGUAAAAACGACAUAUUUGUAGACGGUGGGCUACUCCGAUAUUCCUUUGGAUGUGAAGAUACAUAUAAAUGUAAAGCAUUUCUUGCUCUCGGGGUAGGCAGUCACACUGGAAGAAGAGACGACAUGGCUGUAGGCUUAUGCAGUUCAUGCUGUGUAGGAGAUGAAUGCAACAAGGGCGAUUGCUUUCAAAUGAGACAUGAUAUGAGGCCAGGAAUGUUUGGACCAUAACACUAUCGCGCUUGAGGGCAGUAUCUUCACAUUAAAACACAGAAGAUGAA